UAAACGACACCAGAAACGUGAUGAACGGUCGUACCCAAAUCCAAUGUCGAGCUCGAGUACGAUCGGAACAAGCCCAGCCGACGCAGACGAACUCCACUCUCUAUUCGCUGAGAUCAUGGCGGGGCAGUCGCAGGAAUCCGACUUCGACAUCGCAUAUCGCCUCCAAUUGCAGGAAGCCCUAGCCGCUUCUCUCGCGCUCCACACCUCCUCUCCCCAACCACCACCGCUAGACAACCACCAUCAAGACGAAUCCAAACAUAAGGACAGAAUUUUCGCGCGCGCCGACUUCCAGCUCUCGGAGAAGGAGACUCGCCGGACGAAGGAGGAGUUAGAGUGCCGGGUUCGCGACACGAAAUUCGCGCGCGAAAUAUCGCGGAUUCCGGAGGAUGAUUGGCAGGAACGGGGCCAUAAUUACGAGAAGCCCUACGGCGAAGGUUGCUCCAAGAAUGCAGGGAGGAGCGACGCCGUUAGGGUGUAUUUCAAGGGAUUGGUCAGCAAAGAGGAAGUGUGCGACAGGAAGACUGCGUUUGCGGGGAUUGGGGUUGCUAUUUGUGACUCAAAUGACGGGGUGUUAGUGGAGCUGAGGAAGCCUUUGACUGGAGACGGGUUUAGCAAGCUGGCCGUGGGGCUCAAGGCUUUGAUGGAAGGGCUAAAUACUGCUAUGGCUUUGGAGGUUAAGCACGUCAAGGUUUUCUGCGAUCAUUUCAUGACUUAUCAGUUUGUCACUGGGAGAUGGAGAUCAAAGCAGCGGAAGAUUGCAAUCUUAAUUAAUCAGUAUCCCUUCUUAUGA